AUGACGGCACGCGCUACGCCAGAAACGGCGCCGCCUGCGCUGCAGAUCGUGCCGCUGAACCCACCGCCCGUAUUUUCUCAUGUGUGCCCCCAUAUUUUUCGAAGCGCAGAUCCUGGCGUUUUGCCUGACGCGUUUGUUUUCUUAGAGACGCUGCAUUUGCGGAGCAUUGUAUUGCUGUCUAUCGAGUACCCGUCGAAAGCAAUGAAAGCGUUUGCCGCAAAAAACCAUGUCCAGAUGCACCAUUUCGGCAUAGAGCGACGGUGGCCAACGCCGAAUCUCACCGGCACGGUCUAUGCACAACAGCCGAUGCCCAAGACCAGCAAUUUGUUCUUAUCCGUGCACGAGAUGAAUUCGUUCAGUGUGCUGGAGUCGAUUGUAAAGGACGCAUUGCAGCUGCUGCUGGAUGUGCGAAACCACCCAGUGUUGGUGACAGAUACUGCCGGUAUUUUUGAGACAGGGACGCUGAUCGGAUGCUUGCGCAAGAUGCAAGGGUGGAACUUUGCGAGUAUCUUGCUAGAAUACCGCGGGUUUGCCGGCCCAUUAUCGCGUGGCGCCAAUGAACGCUUCAUCGAGACGUUUGAUACGGAUUUAGUCACGCUACCGCCCACCGAGUUCAUCCCCGACUGGCUCCUACCGCCGCAGCAAUUCUUUGUAGACGACGUGGAACGCAGCGAUGCGUCGAGCACGACCGACUCGGUGCCCAGUGUAUAA